GGAGUCACCUUGUGAGGGACAACUAGAAAGAUGGCUGUCCUGGCAGUGUCAGGGAUGACUCAGCUGUAAUACAAAUAAGGCCUUCGCUUGUAUUUAAUUGCUUGAGACCUGUAUGUAUGUGUGCACGUGUAGCCUAUGUGUGUGAAGGUUGUGGUAGCAUGUCGCUGUGGCCAAGGCAGGUUUUAUGAAGCAGUGGACACACAGAUACAUUAUGGUUGUGUGGUGGUGGCUGAGUUUGUCUGUGGGUGUAUCAUAGCGAGUGUUGUGUCAUUGAUGAGCAAAGGGAAAACAGGUAUUGCACUUCACAUUUUGGUGGUUGUGUCAAAUUUAAUGGCUGUGAUGAAGUUUCCAGAAGUGAACCUGUCUCUGUCGCGGCGCCACCUGGUGGUCAAUCAGCAGCCUGCGGCGGUCGUUUCCAUGCCUGACCACAGGGGGCAGCAGCAGCAGCAGCCUCACGCAGUCACUGGGCCAACGGACCUUCAGUCGUUCACUUCCUGUCAGCAUGAAGGAGGAGGAGACGAGAUGAGCCGAGAUCAGAGCCAGACCCAUCUGAGAUGGUGUUCCUCUGAGUUUUACAAACUUUUGAGGAAAACCCAAGGCGUUCCUCCUCAUCCCGAUCACGUUCAUUUGGAGCUGUCGGUGGUGUACAAUGCCUGUGUGUGCGCUACUGUUCAGUCUCAGUUCACAGAAGCCCAGCUGCUCCUCACACAAGCCAUACAGAGAGCUCUACAGAUGACAUCAGACGACCCUGUGGCUCCAGACCUUCCUGCGUUUUGGAGAAAGGUUCUCCGAUCAGUUGUAAACACAGCUUUUAAUUCCUGUGUGCUGGACCUUCUCUGUCUCCAGUGGGCAAUGUGGUUGGCCACCUGUCAGCUGAAAACUAUACAGGAAUUUAAGGAGGAGCUGUCCUCUCUGGUUGAGACACGUGGUGCUGGAGUUGGAGAUGACAAGAGGAGUGAGGCAAGAGGAAAAACCUCUGACGCUCCACUGUUGGUGACGGACCCAAGAAGGCUUGUUGAAUUAUUGCAGAUUUGCACUUCCAUUGCCCAAGGUGCUGAAAGAUUGAGUGAGGACCAGAGUUCAGAAGCAUUGUCUGGUCUGCAGAAAGCCUCGUCCCUGCCGGCACCCAGAACUCUAGUAGCAUAUGUACACCUCCUCUCAGGCUCCUGCCUCUCCCACAUGAACUGCCCUCAGAUGGCACUUCAGUGUUACAGGAAGGCACUGGAAACAGACUCCUGCUGUGUGUGUGCCCUAUACCAGAGCAUGCUCAUCUACAGACAGCUGGGCAACACACAGGCAGAGAUACAAGCUCUUCGCUUGCUGCACUCAAUGUUGAUGUUACCCUCUGCUACAGUGCCUGCCCUGGCCGGUACCCAUCUCUUCUCCCCGUCGCUACUGCUCUGCAGCCAAUCACUGAGCAGCCUUCUCUUGGUUCCCUCUGCCCUCUCUGUCCUUCACAAUCUGGCUCUGAAGUGUGCCCUCCAUGGGAGGGUGUCAGAGGGUGUGGAACAUUAUCUGGACCUGCUGGCUGCUCUUCACUCAGAAGAUCAGCAUGGAGUCUAUGCUGAAGCCCCACGUCUCCCCAGGUUGCCCGAGCUUUACCUUGAGGCUGGCGCUGCCCUACUCAUGGCCCGGCGGUCUGCUGAUUGCAUGGCACUUUGCAAUGAAGUCAUCAGCACGACACUGGAACUGCUGCCAGAGAGGCUGGUGUUAGAAGAUCCAGAGGAGAGGAGUGAGGCUGAGACCAGGGAUGUGACUGCUGAAGGUGAAGAUAAGAUGGCGAUGUUGCUCUGGGCCGGGGCUGCCUACCUCCUGCAGGGUCACUGCCACACUCACCUAAAGGACUGGAAACAAGCUGUGAAUCACUUCACUAGGUGUAUCAACCUGCUAGUGAAGGUCCGCUGUAAAAAGACAGGUUUCCAACCACAGAUCCCCAGUGCAGACAUGGUUGUCAAGCAGGGAUCAGAUCUUUGUGUCCUCCAAAGGCUGAAGGGGCUUUCACUUGCUGGUAGGGGUAUCGCCUUCACCCAGACAAACCACCUGAGAGAGGCACUGAGAGACCUCCUGCUCAGCCUGCAGGCUUUCCCAGAGUGUGUGGGUGCAGGGCUGUGGUGCGGUGAAGUGCUGUGGAGGCUUGGAAGGAGACAGGAGGCAGUGGCUUGUUGGGAAAAGACCUGGAGCUUCACCACACAAUCCUCAGCGGAGGGUCUUCCAUUGUACCUUCGGGAACCCCAAUCUGGCCCUUUGUUGGACUCCAAAGAGCUGCGGCACAGAAUACAGGAACUCGGUCCUACCUAGUCAAUCUGGAGAGGGACCAAAGAAGAAUGCCCUAUCACAGAAUCAACUUUCCCUGGCCCGUGAACUGAAACUCAACAUGGAAACAUGUAUUUACUAGGCCAGUAAAAUAAUGCAUAUUGUUAGGGCUGCAGGAUUAUUUCUGGGUGAUUGAGACUGGGAUGAAAUAAUGAAAGGAUGAUAAUGAUGAGAUAUUUAAAUAUACUGUAAAGUUGGUUGGUAAUUGACCUAAACUGAUUUGUUAGGAGUGUUAUAUUGGGCAGGCAAGAGAAAUUAAGGCUGUUACAAAAAGUGUAUAUUAAAGUAUUUAGUAUUAUAAACUACUUAAGAAACACACCGUAAA